GCUGAAGUGUCAAAUUAUUUUGAUAAAAAGUCAUCAAUAUAUAGGAUAUGUGUCCGCAUGCAUGUAUCAAGACCAGAGUUUAUAGGUAAACCUCUUAUCUCUGUGAAUAGUUUUAUACAUAGACCUUCUUUCCUAACUCUGCUUUGACUGACAACACUGGCCUGUCAGUGAGUGUAAGGCUAUUAAUUCAAAUGUUAUACCUGACAUUUUAAAUUUAAUAUAUGUAGGAAACACUUAGCAUCUCUUAGAGUAUUGAUAAAUGAAAUUCUGAAAAUUGCGUAACAUUUGACAUUCAAUGUGAGUGGGGUGAUCUGAAAUUGAUAGAUGACCCCAAGGUUAUCUCUCAGACUGUGGUUAUUAUUAGAGCUCUGAACAUUUCAAAGUUCACACUAAACCUAAGAAGUAAAAUACUGUUGUCAGAGUCAGUGAGUGUUUUUGGUUUCCUGCUGGUGGUGUGCCUGACAGGUGUUAAUGGUUUUUGAGGGGAUGGCCGUGUGAAUACCAAGGGAGAUAACUCUUUGAUCCCAUGUACCGUACAAAAACCAGCGAACUUUGUGUGUGUGUGUCAACCGAGGACACUGAGCUGUUAGAGAGACAAGCUAACUCAGAUCCAUGAAGCCACACGACUAAGAUGAAGUUAUUCCUUCCCCUGCUCAGUACGACCAUCUUACUUAUCAAGGUCACCUGUGAUCCAAUCCAACAGGGUCAAGUGAAUGCUUUACAAGGAGGUCAAGCUCAGAAUGCUGUAUUGAAUGGUCAGAAUGGAAUCCAUGACAGUGAACUCAACAAGGUAAACAAUGACCAGAAACUGUCCAAUCAGGGAGUAGCCAGCGUAACCAAGGCUCCCAAACGCCGCAAACGCAAAAAGCACCGCAAUGUCUCUGUACCAAAAGAGAACAUUCCCAAUGCUGGGGUCAGGGCUCCAAACCCAGCAGACAUCAAAGACCCUGUGUUUAAUGUGCAGGAUAUUGUGAAAAAAGCCAAAGAGGAUAGCUUAAAAGAAACCACUCAAAACAGGGGUGUUCCCCAAGUGAAAAUGAUCCAGGAUGUCCAACAGAAUAAAAUUGAGGGCAUCCCAGUUCAAGCCUUUACAGCCGACCAGAAGGCAAAAAAUGUGGUGGUGGGAGGGGACAUUAAUAAUCAAAAUGUUGUGAAAGAAGGAAACCAAGCAGCCAAUCAGAUUAAUGGACUGCAAAGUCAAGACAGUCAAAACAAUGCAAAAGUUCCUGCAGCCAAUGCAAAUUCUUAUGAUCAAGUCGCAAACAAUUUAAAUAAUGUGCAUCAAGAGGUUGUUCGCGGAAAUGUUGAAACAAAUAACCAAAAUCAACAACAGUAUAACAAUAACGCUAAUAACAAUGUGAAUAACGCUAACUUUCAGGUGAAUAACAAUAACAAUUUUAAUAAUGCCAACAAUAAUAACUUUAAUAAUAUGAAUAAUAACAACAACAAUGGCUUUGUUCAACCUGCUGUAAAUGCGGAAAGUCAGCGACCAGGAAUGAAGGAUAGUCUAAAGAUUGUGUGGGAUUGGAGCGACUUUCUGAUCAACUACGAGACGUAUGUCAUGCCAGAGCAGAAAAACCGCAGGGCACCGCAAGCCACCACAGGAGAGCCCUGGCCAAUGCCGCAGUAUUACGUUGCAAAAGCUAACAAAGUGUAUCGCAUCGACAAGGAUAAGUUUCGAUUUAAUAUUGUCAAGGAAUCGUGUGAUAUCAUAGAGAGGGCAGUGGAACGUUACCGCGAUAUGAUCAUAGAGGACACGAUAAUGGAUAUGUACAACAAUCUGCAGCACGCGCAGGGAACUAGUAUCCGAGACGUCAGCCUCAAGUACAACGAUGACAUCUACGUUAAAGCGGAGGCAGUGCAGGUCGUCAACAUCAAAAUCCGCAGACCCUGUACCAAGUUCCCGAAUGAUCAGAUGGACGAAUCUUAUGAUGUGUUUGUGAAGAAGUCAGGGUCCUACAUCUGGGCCAAUGAGGUGUGGGGUGCACUGCGGGGUCUGGAGACAUUCAGUCAGCUGGUGUUCCGCGGGACGGACAACGUGCUGUAUAUCAAAGAUACUGUGAUCAAUGAUUACCCACGAUUCCCUCAUCGAGGAAUUCACAUCGACUCUUCACGGCAUUAUGUUUUCAAAGAGGUCAUAUAUGAUGUAUUGGAGGGAAUGGCCCAGAAUAAGAUGAAUGUGAUGCACUGGCACAUAGUGGACGACCAGUCCUUCCCUUACCAAAGCAAGGCCUUCCCCGAACUCAGCGAAAAGGGUGCCUAUCAUCCCAGCUUUGUGUAUACUCCAGAGGACAUUGCUGAUAUCAUCGAGUAUGCCAGAAUGAGAGGAAUACGUGUGAUGCCAGAAUUUGAUACCCCAGGUCACACUUACUCCUGGGGCUUGAGUCACCCCGAGCACAUGACCCAGUGUUACCAAGGCGCCCACCCAGUGAGUGGGUACCUCGGUCCCCUGGACCCCAGCAAAAACAGCACCUACCGCUUCCUCAAGACACUGUUCAAUGAGGUCCUACACGUCUUUCCUGAUCAGUACAUUCACCUGGGAGGUGAUGAGGUCCCCAUGACUUGUUGGUCUUCCAACCCAGAUGUUCUGAAGCUACUGAACCAGUUGAAUGGCAAACCAAAUGAGCCAAUCAAUUUACAGAAUGUGGACCCGUACAUGUACAGCUACGACAUCCGUAAAGUCCUCGAGUAUUAUGAACAGAGGUUAACGCAGGAUAUAAAGGACAUUGCUAGAAACAGGAAGAAUGGAGUGAGAAUGGUCAUGUGGCAGGAGAUUAUGAAUAACAACAUUCAGCUGCCCAAUGACACCAUUAUCCAGAUCUGGCAGGGUGAUAUGGGGGAUGUACAGAGAGCUAUAGACAUGGGCUAUCACGCCCUGUACUCCACCUGUUGGUACCUGGAUCUCAUUGAAUACGGCACCAAGUGGCCCAAGUACUACAUGUGUGACCCAGCGGACACUUCCAUGGGUUACCAGAUUGAUGAGAAGAAAGUUCUGGGUGGAGAGGCUGCAUUGUGGGCCGAGUACAUUGACAAUGAAAAUCUGAUAUCUACACUAUGGCCCCGCGCCUCGGCCCCAGCGGAGAGAUUAUGGAGCAGUAAGGACCUCCGUGAUGUGGAGGCAGCAGGAAAAAGGCUCCAGGAACACCGCUGUAGGAUGCUCAGUCGCGGCCUGACUGUGGGACAGAUCAGUGGACCGGACUACUGCCUGAGGCGUGGCCAUCGUAGAGACGGGGAGAGGGUCCAGAAUUGCACCGGCAGCCGCUGUAACCUGGUACAGAUCGAAAAGUUUAAUUUUCAUGUACAGCAGCGCGGCCGCGGUAUGGCAGAGUGCAACCAAAUGCUGGCACAGGGAGGCAGCAUGGUCACAGCUCUCUUGUUGAUUCUUGUUCUGGGGGCGGUGAUCUUCAGCCUCAAGAUGAGUGGAACUCGAAUUGUCCAGCUGAAGGUCUGUCGGAAUCGUAGCAUCUUCCUCUCCUUUAUUCUGCUCAUCGUCAUCUACUUCAUGUGUUACACGUCACUAUGGAUGCAGGUUCAAGAGUUCAAAGGUUCAUUCGAGAAGAGAAUCAAGUCAUAUUCAGAUCCUCGGUACAGCUGAACCACCAGAUCAGCAUUUUCCCCUUCUUUUGAAGAUGUUUUUCAAGAAUUUAUAUUUUUUUUAUUUGUAGUUUCCCAGUUUGAUGUGAAAUUUUCUAAUGUUGUGGUACGGAUAUAUUUUUGUGUAUGAAUUGCACACUAUUCAAAGAGUAGAAGAAAAGGUAGUACUGCUAUAGAUUUUUCAAUUUUAAACAGUAUUUGAUGGCUUUGAAUUUUAUUGACAAAGCAAUAGAAAUAUUCAUGUUGAUGAGAAGAAGUUGUACAUGUUAUUUAAUGAAUAUAUUGAUUGUUCAUAAAAGUAUGACUUUUUAUGAAGAGUUAAAAAUGAAGCCUGUAGACUACAUAGAAAAAAAUCACACGGUCAAACUUACAAUAUUGUUUUAUAGUUUUAAUGGCUUCCCGAAAUCUAUCAUGUAAAGAGUCAAUUGCUUUAUAUCACAAUUUGCAAAGCAGAAUGUUUGUUGUAUGUACAGUAAAAUAUUUACCGGUAUACAAGAAUAUACAUACAAAAUGUGUUCUUUGUCCCUGAAAUUUAUGGAUAAGAAAUUUUGUUUCUAUGUAAUGUUUAAAAAAAGUUUUAAUUCUAUGAUUAGGUUGUUUAAGACCCACAUUUGCUGCCCACCAAAGUGUCAUAAUUCACAUAUUGAUGCUGUAAUGUUGAUGAAGUUUUUAAGUGAAGGGGUGGGUGGGAGUAGUCUUAUGUUUUCACUCGUUCUGUUUGGGUUGUCAAUUGAUGCAAGUUUUAUGGCAUAAUAUUUUUCUCCUGGUAAAAAUUUAUUGUUAUCUAACUUGAUAAGGAUUCUGGAUUUAAGUUUAAGGAUUUGUCCAAAAAAAUUCAUGCUAUUGUGUUUAAAAAGUACAAUUAUGUAUAAUUUUAAUAUUUGACUUCAAUUUUCACUCAAGAAGAUCGUUUGUAAAUGAAAAAAAAAAAUUUUAGAAGUGUAAAUUUGGCAGCAUAAUUUCUUCCGUAAUAAGCAAGAGUACAGACUGUGAAUGGCAUUCCAGUAAUUGGCUUGUGUAAAUAGCGCUGUAGAGUGUUUGUAUCAGUCCCUCCAUUUCAUGAGUCAAUCUACCUCUAUCGGCAUCCCUGGGGAGCGUGGGACCAUAACGAGAUACAGACAGAGAACUUCUCCUUCUCACAGACUGGCCUCUUGCAGCAGUAUAUCUAGAAGUUACACACACCCUAACAUUAAUAUAGAAAAUGUUUUUAAAAUCUUUGUUUAGAAAAGAUAUAUUGUUUAGCCAUAAUUUCUAGACUGUUUAGUUAGGUUCGUAGUAAUAAGAGUAGCUAUGAUUGUUUUAUGAUUAAUCAUCGUAAUUUAUUUCGAGUGAUGUUUGUAUAUAACAGAAUCUCUUGAGGUAUGAUAGAUAAUUUUUGUCCUCUUUUUUUUCACUAUUAAAGUUUCAGAGGAUCAGCGAUGUGAAGUGUGCAAGAAGAUUUUUUUCAUUUUUUCAUGUCUUGUUGGGAAAAAUAGCUGUUGUUGUUUGUGAUACCGAACUCAUAUCAGGUUAUAUUUAUUAUGAAUUGUAAAUAAUGUUGUAGUGACCCAUCAUGUUUGUCAAUGUGGUGACCAGAAGUGGGUCUAUCUGAUUUUUCAUUACAAUGUCAUCUUGUUCGUGUGUAGGAGGUUUUUGGCAUGGACAGGUAUUUGUUUACCCUGCUGCAUUUUAAAAUUGCACCUUACAGUUGAGGAUAUGUUGGCAGAUAUAUGGGAUUUUUGGAUGAGUGUGCAUGUUAUCCCCAUAUGCAGGGUAAAAAUGUAAAACAACUUCUAUGAAGUCUAGUAGAGCCCCCCCCCCCCCCCCCCCCCCCAAAAAAAAAAAAGAUUUGCCCCAGUUUCUGUGCUUUGGUGAUUAAUUUUUCAUUUUUUAAAGAUUUUAUGACAUAGCUUUAGAACUACCAUGUGAAAUAUUGAAUUGACUUAUUUAUAUACAUUUCUUUAUUUUUUUCUAUUAUCAUUUGAUUUAAUUUUGAAGUUUUUUUUUGUUCUCUUUCUGUGAAAAAUGCUGCAAAACUAUCAAGUGUAGGGAUGCUUGGAAUAGUUUUGUAGGACCCUUUAAAUAUCUACUUAAAAAAUUUGUAUAGGAUCAGAACAUAUACACCCUUUAUAAACAUUACCUGUUACAAUCAAUAUGACCUUGAUCCUCCCUGUGGAUGACCACCCAGAGUUUCUGUUAAAGCACUUAUACAGAAAAUGUAGAAAUAUUUAAAUAUAAAAUUGAAUGUCCUCAAAUGUUUUUAUAUUGUCUAUUUACAGUUUACAGAAGUAAUAAGGUACAUGUAUUCAUAUUUUCAACCAUCUAGCGAAUUAUAUUACAGUGGAUGUGAUUUUUGUUUCCAAAGUGUAUUCAAGAAGUACCAAAUAUAAAACAUUUUCAGGUCUCUUGCCAAAAGAUGAUGUUGAAAAUGAAAUAAUGAACCUUUUGAGAUACUUUAUGAUUUUUUAAAAAAUUUUCUUAUGAAGUUAUUUUUGUGAGUUUGUCAAAUAAUAUCAAUUUUUAGCUUUUUUGCAUUGGAUUGAAAAAAAGAUGUAGAAAUUCAAAUGUCUUUGCUACAAGUUUUGAAUAUAUAUGUACUCCCUAUUAAUACCACAUUCAGUGCUGAGUCUGAUAUUGUUUAAUGCGAGUUGUAAACUAUUUGUACUAUAGUUAUUUACAUUGUAUUGUUUUGUGCAUAAUACCAUGGAUGAAAAAUGUGCAAGAACAAUUCAUGAGAAAAGUCUAAUUACUAUUCAUUUGUAUUAUAGAGGAGUAAUGAAAACAGAUUGCGAGUGUUUGUGCAAUGUGUGUCUACAUAAGGUUAUAAUGUAUCAAUUACCUUCAGGACUGAAUAUUAGCGAAAAAUGUGUGAAGUAUUCAAGCGUUUUUUUUCCUUUUGACUAAAUACGUGCAUUUUCAACACCAAAAUAGUUACUAUAAGAUAUAUGAUUUAUUCAAUGACAAAUUAUAAUUUUGUUUUUGUGCAAUGCUGUAAAUAGCACCAGUUCUUCCACAGCUAAAUUCCAUUGAUUUGGAAUCUGUUCAUUGACUUUAAAUUAUUGCGUGUUUGCUGUGGUCAGUCCAGUCACCAGAGUUUGAACUGUGAUUGGACAGCUUCUGAGGACGGCGUGUUUGUAUAUGAAUCCCUGUAAUACAUAUUUUUGAGAUGCUGCAUGAGUAGAAACAUUCUACAAUCAUGUGUAUUCAGUGUGUGUGAAUUUUCACCAGUGUAUGUACACUUUGUUCAGGUGGCAGUUGUCUGUACAGAAAUUGUUUAAGGAUGAUAGCAUUUUAUAUUUGUUGUUAGACUGAGAAUAUGUCACUGAUUGUGAGAAAUAAACGUUGCCAAUAAAUGACUUUCUAUGC